CAUGAGGAGGUCACGUGACCGGAAUUGAAGAUGUCUGCUACAGAAGAAGACACGGAGCUCAGAGACCUUCUGAUUCAAAAUUUGGAAAACAAUGGCGUUCUUAACAAGAUUAAGGCCGAGCUUCGAGCUGCUGUAUUUCUGGCUUUAGAGGAGCAGGACAAAGUGGAGAAUAAAACUCCACUUGUAAACGAGAAUCUGAAAAAGUGUCUCAGCACUAAAGAUGGACGCCUUGUGGCCAGUUUAAUCACAGACUUUCUGCAAGUGUUCAAUCUAGACUUCACACUAGCGGUUUUUCAGCCAGAGAUUAACACGAUCAAUGGACUGGACAGCCGUGAAAGUUUGUCCAAGGAGCUUGGCUUCUCUGAAUCUGAGGGGAAUAAGAACAUGCCUCUUCUCCUCGAAUUAGUUAAGAGAGGCAGAAACAAGGAGAAAUUCUCCAUUUACUCUGAGGCAGAUCGGACAACGCAUAUUCCCAAGGAACUGUCUCCCCGUCAGAUUGCUGAAGCACAAAAAAAAUAUGACUGCAGAUGCAAGGAUAGGAGUGGUGGUUUAAGCAAAGAUGAAGUUGUUGCAGUUUUCAUAGAGCUUUUUCCCAGUUUCGGCAGAGGCAUGCUAGAACGAUUUGUGGCUGAUGAACUCGGAGCAAAAGACACUUCUGUAGACUUUCAGGAAUUUUUGGGGCUGUUCAAACAGCUUUAUUGUCAGUGCAGAAGUGUGGUUGCCUGUGAUGGGACCGGUGGAGUUCACUCUGUGAGUAAGGUUACUGAGGAGAAGAUCAGUUCAUCACCUACCAGCAAGAUACCCAGGUUUAAGGGAUUUAUAAAGGCCAGUGCAGCACAGGAAGAGCCAACUGGGCCUCAGGCUGGAGAACCACCAAGUCACAGUGAGUCACUGAUCUCUCAGAAGAGCAGAGCUUUUGUGGCCAGUGAAGGGUUUAUAACCAGCAGGAACGAGCCAUCAGCCCUGAGGAGACCUCUGGACCUAGGCCUAGAGGAUGACGAUGAGGAAGGGGACUCGUUCUUCGACGAUCCUCUUCCGAAACCUCAGAAGACUUAUGGCUGUAGUUUACCCUCCACUGAUAAGCCAUACACAGGGCAGAGACUUUCUGAAAAGAGCUUUAGUCAGAAAGAGAGCCAGCACCCGCAGAGGGAGGAGAGCCUGGCAGGGCCGUCCUUCUCCAAAAUGAGGAGGGGUACUAGCCUCAAUGAUCUGUCUGCUAUAGGCAGUGACACUGAGGGUGAUGGAGAGGACAUGUUCUCAGAUGCUGAGAACAAACCCAGCACUAAAUCUGAGCCCAGGAAAGCAGGAUCUGCAAAGCCAGCUGUGAUAACACCUUCACCCCUGUCAGAUACCCCGUCAUUAAAGAGUGCAGAACACAACCAAAAAGACCCUGUCUCCAGUAAAGACGACUCUAAAGAAAAGGGCUUUCAGGGUUUAAAGUCUCUGAAGGAGAAAACUGGAUCCCCUAUGCCUGCAGAUGAAGAGCUUGAUUACGAUGAUGACUUCAACAGUCACAACUCAAAGAGUGAGCUGAGCAUCAGUGAGGAGAUCGAAGACGCCUCUGUCGAGGGACCAGAUAUCAGUGACCGGCUUGAAGAGAUCACCCAGGACGUGAGUGUGUCUCAGACGAGUCAGGCUGCAGAUUACAUGGAAGAUGUGGCGUGACAAGCAGACAACACCUAAUCCUCUUUUUUUUUGUUUAUUUAUGUAAUUGUGUAAACUACAUGUCAGCAGUUCCUAUUAAAGCUCCAUUGUUCACGGUU